GAGCUGAGGGCUGCAAGGAGGACACGCAAGUGGCGGGAGAAGCGGCCACAGCGGGGAAGGCCGGGGACACGGAGAAGGCAGGAGGGUCGGCGGGGAGGACGCCGCUCCAAGGUGAGGGCGAGGAGGGCAGAGGCCCCUCGGCUGUCGGGGAAGCUAAGCCAGAAGGCGGUGAGCAAUUCAGUGCGGGUGGCAAGUGCUCCUCAGAGACUGUGGUGUCCAGAAAAGACAAGAAAAGGAGGAAGGGCAACGCAGCGGGGGCAGGAGCUCCAGAAGCAAAGGAACUGAGCGGAGGGGAUGGAGCGCGGGGGAGAGAGGCCGCGAGGCCUGGCCGCGGUGCGCCCAGGAAGGACGUGCGGCAGCGGCAGGAGGGACGUCGGUGUGGCCCGGAGACGGGCAGAGGCGCAGAGGAGCUGGUCGGUGCGACAUCCGGAGGAAAAGUCGGGAAAAGGAACCGCGAGGCCAGCGAGGGGCCGGAGACGGAGGGAGAAGGCACGUGGAAAUGGUGGGAAGAGGAGAGGAGCCCCCGCGGCGUGAGGUGGACGCAGCUGGAGCACAGAGGCCCGUGCUUCGCGCCCCCGUACGAGCCCCUUCCGGAUGGAGUCCGCUUCUACUACGACGGAAAGCCCAUGAAGUUGAGCUUAGCAGCCGAGGAGGUUGCCACGUUUUACGGGAAAAUGUUGGAGCACGAGUACACAACCAAAGAAGUUUUCCGGCACAACUUCUUCCGUGACUGGCGGAAGGAAAUGACAGCAGCCGAGAGGAAGGUCAUCAAGCGCCUGAGCAAGUGCGACUUCACGGAGAUCCACAGACACUUCGUGGACAGGGCCGCGGCCCGGAGGGCCCUGUCCCGGGAGGAGAAGCAGAGGCUCAAAGAAGAGGCGGAGAAGCUUCAGCAGGAGUUUGGCUACUGUAUCUUGGACGGGCACCGAGAGAAGAUAGGCAAUUUCAAGACGGAGCCGCCCGGCUUGUUCCGGGGCCGCGGCGACCACCCCAAGAUGGGGAUGCUGAAGCGGAGGGUCCUGCCGGAGGACGUGACCAUCAACUGCGGCAGGGACUCAAAAGUACCAGAGCCCCCGGCAGGCCACCAGUGGAAGGAGGUGCGGUCGGACCGCACGGUCACAUGGCUGGCGUCGUGGACGGAGAAUGUGCAGAAUGCCACCAAGUAUGUCAUGCUGAACCCCAGCUCGAAGCUCAAGGGGGAGAGAGACUGGGAAAAGUACGAAGUGGCUCGGCGCUUGAAAGGCGUGGUGGACGAGAUCCGUUCUCGGUACCGGGCCGACUGGAAGUCUCGGGAAAUGAAGGCGAGACAGCGCGCUGUAGCCCUUUAUUUCAUCGACAAGCUGGCGCUGCGAGCCGGGAACGAGAAGGAGGAGGGCGAGUCGGCCGACACCGUGGGCUGCUGCUCCCUCCGCGUGGAGCACGUCCAGCUGCACCCAGAGGCCGACGGCCGCCCCUAUGUCGUGGAGUUCGACUUCCUGGGGAAGGACUCGAUCCGCUACUACAACAAAGUGCCGGUGGAGAAGCCCGUGUACAGGAACCUGCAGCUGUUCAUGGAGAACAAAGACCCGGGGGAGGAGCUCUUUGACCGACUGACUACCGCCAGCCUGAACAAGCACCUGCAGGACCUGAUGGACGGGCUGACGGCCAAGGUCUUCCGGACCUACAACGCCAGCAUCACCCUGCAGGGCCAGCUGCGAGCACUCACCAGAGGUGCGUGUCCCCUGGUCUGGGACAGGGCACCUGCGUGUGGUAGGAUGCCUUGUGGCCAGUGUCUAGGGCAGCGUGGAGGUGGCCUCGCCUGGUCCAGGUGUGGGCUGAGCAGGAAGGGUCAGGGGUGCGUGUGUCUCAGCUGGAAGGGCCCAGGGCCCCAGGCCGAGCCUUCCCUGCAGGGUCCCCUGCUCCUGGCUCUGGCCUCCCCAGGGCCGCCCCACCGCUCCUGCCCCGCAGGCAGUCGGAUCUCGUCUGCAGUGCCUGCCCAGCUCUGCAUGUUGCCUUCGUGUGCGGGAACCUUCUUCCUGCCGCCUUCUGACCCCGUCGUCCAAGCUCCCCCAUCCUCUGGGUCCCCGGUGGGGGCUUCUGGCCACGGCCUGAUGCCCUCAUGGGGGUCUGGGGAGGUCCCAGCUCUGCCCCUGCUGUGGGCCCCGUGGACCGGGUCCCUCUCGCUGGGGCCCGCCCCCGGGUCCUCACUUGGUGCAGCAGUGACUGCUGAGCUGCGGUGGCUGCUGUCCAGCCGACCCUGUCUUUCAGCUGAAGACAGCAUCGCCGCUAAGCUGCUCUCUUACAACCGCGCGAACCGGGCCGUCGCCGUCCUCUGUAACCAUCAGCGGGCACCUCCCAAGACCUUCGAGAAGUCAAUGCAGGCUCUCCGGUCGAAGAUUGAGGCAAAGAAGCAGCAGGUGGCCGAGGCCAAGGCAGAGCUGGAGAAGGCGAGGGCCGGCCACGCAUCCAGAGCGGACGGCAGCUUCCUGGAGAAGAGGCGGCAGCGGCUGGAGAAGCUGGAGGAGCAGCUGGCGCGGCUGGGCACACAGGCCACAGACAAGGAGGAGGGCAAGCAGGUGGCCCUGGGCACGUCCAAGCUCAACUACCUGGACCCCCGGAUCAGCAUCGCCUGGUGCAGGAGGUUUGGGGUGCCCGUCGAGAAGAUCUACAACAAGACGCAGAGGGAGAAGUUUGCCUGGGCGCUCGACAUGGCAGGCGAGGACUUCGAGUUCUGAUCGGGCCUCCCUGGGCCUCAUCGGAUGUAUUUGGCAGCUUUUGCACUAUUAAAGCACAUCGGGGGAUUUUGCACAAUGAAA